UUCCACACUGACUAAUCAAGAAAAAUCUGCAGAGAUGCAAGCAGGAAAGAGAAAUUAAACUAGGCCCGAGGAGCGACAGGACAGGCACGAUGGAGGCUGAGUCCUCCUACUUGGACUUCAUCUCCUGCGACCAGACAGACCGUCAGAAUGCAGCUGACAUCUAGGGUGACUCAGAGGGGAGCAUGCAGAAGCUAGCUGGAGACAUGGGCGAGCUGGCACUUGCAGGGGCAGAAGGACAGGCAUCGGGAAGUACUCCAGACAAGGAAGCCAGCAGUCAGCCCGAGAGCAGUGAUGCGAACACCCCAUCUUGAGUCUGGCCUUGGUCCUAGAGGCUAGAAGAGAGACCUGCUGUCCCUUCCUGG